UUGUGAGAACAACACGUUAACAAGAAGUAGCGUUAAGAAGAACGACGAAUGUGUGGUCAAGAGAAAAGCUUUAAAAAUUCACGUAUCAAUAAUAAUUUGAAUCAAUAAAAUAAGCGUUACUUUGAAACGCUUUAAGCCUUGAACUUGAGCAAGCUAAAACUAAAGUAUAAACAAUUUUGGCAAAACCAAACAACUUCUGCCGGUUUUUCAAAAUGCCAAUGACCCGUUCGUUUAAAACGGCCAUUUUAGCCGCAAUAAAUACAACAAAACUUCUUGCGACGUUUAUAUUAGCAUUUAUAAUUUUUUCGAAUACAACAAAAACUGAAGCAGCUUAUCGAGAUAACAUUAAGGAAUUUUUGUCAACAGAAACAUCCCAAAUAAACUUCUUACGGCAGUAUACGCAACUAAUGGAAAAUAGCUUAAUGCAACUAAAACGAAAAACAACAUAUAUUGCAAACAUUCACAAUAAGGGAUCUAACGACACUGAAACAUAUUUACAUAAUCCCAUUAAUGCUUUGAACAUUCUGAAGCGACUGACAACUGAUUGGACUCAAAUUAUUGAUUAUGCAGAAAAAUUGGAACCCUCUGAAGUGGAAAUGAACUUGAUGGCUAUGGAGGAAAAUCUAGCCUAUCCUACUGAACGUGACUACGACGAGUCCGUUGCUAAUUUAUUGCGCUUGCAGCAAUUUUACAACUUGGAACCAGAACAUUUAUCUAUAGGCGAAAUGAAUGGAAUAAAAUUUGGUUCAGAAAUGACGUGGAGUGAUUGUCUGGAAAUUGGUCGACAGUCUUUAAUAAUCGGUAACCAGAACAUAGCAAAAUUUUGGAUUGAGUUGGCAUUAAGUAAGUUACCUACAACAUCCAAGAAUAUCAGUAGCACAGCGAAAAAUACAAUAUUUGAAGUUUUAAAGGCAGUUUUAAAUACAGAAUAUGCUUCGGGUAAAAAAAAAACAAUAACUAUGAGCAUAUUUCAAAAAGAAAACAUUUCAGGUAACUUUAACAAAUCACAUGACAUUGUAAAGAAAAUGCUAGAGUUGAAACCAACGCACAAAGGUGCACAAAAAGCAAAAACUCAAAUUGAAAGUAAAGUUCGAAGUAAAACAGGCGAAUCAAAAAAGAAUAUUGAAAAAAAGAAAAAACUUAAAACGACUGAGGAAGUAUGGUUCGAAGAAAUAUGUCGAGAAGCAACUUUCACAACACAAGCUCCUCUUUCCAUCAGUGCCCAAAAAUUAUGUAAACUAGACAGAGGCAAUUUCCCACAACUCUUUUUACAACCGCUUAAAGUGGAGUUCCUAAGUGUGAAUCCCUUAAUUGUUAUAUACCAUGAAAUAUUUACUUUGAAACAACUAGAUAAUCUAAGGAAUUUACUGAAAAUAUUUAAAAGUGACAAUAGGGCAGUGGAAGAAUAUCAAAUAGAAGAUAUAUUGAUGUCGAUUAAACAAAUUUUGCAGUUAGUGACUGGAUAUUCAAGUAUCAAAUUAAGCGAUUGGAAAACUGAUUGCAAUAGUUUUGAAAAUUUUGGUCCCUUUGAUGCUGAAUAUUAUAAAAUUACUAGUGCAAAUAUCAUAGGAACUACAUUUUUAAAUUUUCAAGCAUCUAAGCUGGGUGGUGCUAUUGUCUUCCCUCAACUUGAGGUUGGUAUAAAUAUUCCUGUCAGAUCAUUGCUAUAUUGGUCAAAUUUAAAUGAGUUUCAUGAAGUCGAUUAUAGAACUGAGGCACAUUUAUGCCCUGUAAUUAUCGGUACUCAAAUAAGUGCAACGGCCUUUGUUCAAAAAAAACCGUGAAUAUUUUUAUUAAUAUAAUAUAAUACCAUAUUCUAAUGAAAUUAUAUUUUUAAU